UUGUCCGUCGGAGGAAGUGGUCCGCCUUCCGCUCUGACAGAACCGCGGCUGGACGGAGUUUUUCUGCAUAAAUCGAGAUUUUGAAGGUGUAAACUGAAUCAGCCAGCGGUCAUCAUGGCUCACAUCACCAUCAACCAGUACCUGCAGCAGAUCUACGAGGCCAUUGAUAACCACGAGGGGCCCUUCUGCGCCGAGCUGCUCUCCUUCAAGCACCCGCAUGUCGCCAACCCUCGCCUCCAGCUGUCCAGCCCAGAGGAGAAGUGUCAGCAGGUUCUGGAACCGCCGUACGAUGAGAUGGUGGCAGCUCAUCUCAGGUGCACGCUGGCCGUGUCCAAUCAUGACUUCGUUGAAGCCUACAAGUUCCAGACGCUCGUCGUUCAGUCGUUCCUGAGGGCCUUCCAGUCCCACAAAGAGGAGAACUGGGCGCUGCCCGUCAUGUUCGCCGUCGCUCUGGAUCUCCGGGUGUUCGCCAUCAACGCCGAGCAGCAGUUGCAGAAGAAAGGAAAAGGACAACCAGGAGAAAUGUUGGAGAAAGCAGCUGAGCAGUUAAUGAGCUGUUUCAGAAUCUGCGCCAGCGACAAUCGAGCGGGCAUCGAGGACUCCAAGAAGUGGGGGAUGAUGUUUCUGAGCAACCAGCUCUUCAAGAUCUACUUUAAGAUUAAUAAGCUGCACUUGUGCAAACCUCUGAUUCGAGCCAUUGACAGUUCCACCCUGAAGAACGACUACAGCCCGGCUCAGAAGGUCACCUACAAAUACUACGUGGGCCGAAAAGCCAUGUUCGACAGCGACUUUCAAACGGCGGAGGAGUUCUUGUCUUACGCCUUCCAUCACUGUCACCGCUCCAGCCAGAAGAACAAGAGAAUGAUCCUGAUUUACCUGCUACCAGUUAAAAUGCUGCUGGGUCACAUGCCGACUCCUCAGCUCCUCAGGAAGUACGACCUCAUGCAGUUUGCUGAUGUCACCAAAGCUGUAAGCGAGGGGAACCUGCUGCUGCUGAAUGAGGCUCUGUCCAAACACGAGACCUUCUUCAUCCGCUGCGGGAUCUUCCUCAUCCUGGAGAAGCUGAAGAUCAUCACAUACAGGAACCUCUUCAAGAAAGUGUAUCUGUUGCUGAAGACGCACCAGCUGCCUCUGGACGCCUUCCUGGUGGCUCUGAAGAUGAUGCAGGUGGAGGACGUCGACAUUGACGAGGUGCAAUGCAUCCUGGCCAACCUCAUUUACAUGGGUCACAUUAAAGGUUACAUCUCCCAUCAGCACCAGAAGCUCGUGGUCAGUAAACAAAACCCAUUCCCUCCUCUGUCCUCUGUCUCCUAGACUACAUUACCCACAAUCCCUCUAGGCUGACACGCCC